AUGCAAAUCCUCCAAAAGCCGCUCCUGGGUCAAUAUGUGCGCGAAAUAAGAUACUACCGCAGGCCGACUGUAGCUUCGGUCUGGAAGAAGGAAGUGCAUGGCCAACACCCUCGUGAUUGGACCGAUUCAGACUGCAACUUACUCGAUCUGGCCAUAGACAGAGCUGGUUUCUCCGGCGAUGAGACGAAAAGGACCAAUGUGAAACUUACUGAUGGGCUUCCUGAUAACCUGAAAUCACUUUCUAUUCUUGGACAUCGAAUUGUGGAAGAUUGGUUCAAAUUUUGA